CAUUUAUUUAUUCUUCCUUCAGUCAUGGCGUCCAAAUGUUCCAGAUGUGAUCAGACGGUGUAUUUCGCGGAGAAGGUGGCGUCUCUGGGGAGGGACUGGCACAAGUUCUGUCUGAAGUGUGAACGCUGUAAUAAAACCCUGAACCCUGGAGGACACGCCGAGCAUGAUGGGAAACCAUACUGCCACAGACCCUGCUACGCCACCCUGUUUGGACCUAAAGGAGUGAACAUCGGUGGUGCCGGUUCAUUCGUGUACGAGACUCCGGUGAAUGAUUCCUCCUCCAACUCUGGUACUGAAGCUCCACCCAAACCCGAGGAGAAGAAACCAGCACCAACCAGAGGCCCGGUGAAGGCGGCGAGUUUCUCGUCCUUCUCAGGAGCACCAAACACGUGUCCACGCUGCCAAAAAACCGUCUACUUUGCGGAGAAGGUGUCGUCUCUGGGGAAGGACUGGCACCGGCCGUGUCUGCGCUGUGAGAGGUGCAGUAAGACUCUGGCCCCGGGGAGCCACGCCGAGCAUGAUGGUCAGCCGUACUGUCACAAACCCUGCUACGCUGUCCUCUACGGCCCUAAAGGAGUGAACACUGGAGGAGUGGGCAGCUACAUCUACGAGGAACCCAGCAGUGACCCUCAGCCCUGAAGAUACCACGUCCACUCACACGUCCACUCACACUAACCACAUCCACUCAACUAACCUCGUCCACUCACACGUCCACUCACACUAACCACAUCCACUCAACUAACCUCGUCCACUCACACGUCCACUCACACUAACCACAUCCACUCAACUAACCUCGUCCACUCACACGUCCACUCACACUAACCUGGUCUCAGAGUGGAUCUGAUUUAUUACUCAGCACCAGCCAGUAUCCACACCAGUUUAAUCUCUACACGCUCACCCAGUUUCUACUUUUAUAAAUAAUAAACUCACAUUUAUUCAGUUCAGUAUUUUACACGUCCAUGAGUUUAAUAGAGCUGCAGUGUUACUGAGCUGUAGGAGGAUUAACAUUCAUAUUUACUUUAUCGUUUAUACAUUACUAAUACUUUAAUAAUGCUUAUGUAUUUAUUUAUUUAUGGUUGAUUGGUUGAUUAGUUUAUUGAUUGAUUGUAGCUAUUAAACCAUGUACUCAGAGUCUCUUCCUCUUUAUAAAUUGACACUUUUGUAUGUUAAAUAAAAACAUUGUGAUGCAAA